CCCGGGGGUGGGGCGGGGGGGGGGGGCGUCUCCGACCUUCUAGCGGGGGCGAGCAGACGGGCUGGUUCCGGGAGGCGCCGGGAGCGAGGACCCCGAUGCCGGCCAGCGGAGCCCGCGAUGGCUUCCGCUGGAGGCGGCGACUGCGAGGGCGCCGCGCCGGAGGCGGACCGCCCUCACCAGCGGCCCUUCCUGAUCGGGGUGAGCGGCGGCACCGCGAGCGGGAAGUCCACUGUGUGUGAGAAGAUCAUGGAGCUGCUGGGCCAGAACGAAGUGGACCACCGGCAGCGGAAGCUGGUCAUCCUGAGCCAAGAUAGGUUCUACAAGGUCCUGACUGCAGAGCAGAAAGCCAAGGCAUUGAAGGGCCAGUACAAUUUCGACCACCCAGAUGCUUUUGAUAACGAUUUGAUGCACAGGACUCUGAAAAACAUCGUGGAGGGCAAAACCGUCGAGGUCCCAACCUAUGAUUUUGUGACCCACUCCAGGUUACCGGAGACCACGGUGGUCUACCCUGCAGAUGUGGUCCUGUUUGAGGGCAUCUUGGUGUUCUACAGCCAGGAGGUCCGCGACAUGUUUCACCUGCGCCUCUUCGUGGACACGGACUCCGACGUCAGGCUGUCGCGAAGAGUUCUUCGGGACGUGCACCGCGGGAGGGAUCUGGAGCAGAUUCUGACCCAGUACACCACCUUCGUGAAGCCGGCCUUCGAGGAGUUCUGCCUGCCGGCACCUCUGGUCUCACACUCCCUGCUUUGCUGGCCCCUCUCACAACGGGAAACGCCACGAAGGCAGGGACGUGUUUGCUCGCGGCCCAAACGGACACAGAUCUGGCACACCACGAAGAAGUAUGCCGACGUGAUCAUCCCCCGAGGGGUGGACAACAUGGUGGCCAUCAACCUGAUUGUGCAGCACAUCCAGGACAUCCUGAGCGGCGACAUCUGCAAGUGGCACCGAGGGUCCAAUGGGCGGAGCUACAAGAGGACGUUUCCCGAGCCGGGAGACCAUCCCGCAGUGCUGACCUCCGGCAAGCGAUCGCACUUGGAGUCCAGCAGCAGACCCCACUGAGCGGCGGGGUGCCCGGCCGCCCGGGCAGGCCCCCUGCCCCCACCCCGACAGACCGUUCCGGCUGUGUCCAGAGAUGCCCGCCCCCCCCCCCCACCCCGUGGACGCAGCUGCUGCUUCCUCUCUGCGUCUCACGGUACAGACGUGGGGUGGGGGUGGAGCGCGAGGAUCACGGGGUUCCUCCCUGUUGUGGGCAGACCUGCACCUGUGACACGCAGCCCCCCGGGAUGGCGGCAGGCCCUCCUGCUGCCUUCACCUGCUUCCUCACGUUCAGGAAGCUUCGAGUCCAUCUUUAAGUUACUGAGAAGCGUGCCACAGAACGUGUGGCGAGCAAGUCACGUAUUUCGGGAGCAUUGAGCAGCCCGCCUGGACGCCGUGGCUGUCCCGGUGUGUUCGACGGGAACCCACAGCGUGAGGGACUCUGUCCAGGACGGUCUGGUUCCCACACAACGUGUGACCGAAACAUAGGUUUGGAGAGGGAGCGUUUCCCCUUUUUACGUGUUA